GAAGCCCCCGAGGGCAUGGGAAUCUGUGCGGCUACAAUAUGGAGCAUCUUAUCGACCCCACAGAUCUUGACAGAAUGCGACCUUCGAUUCUUGAGAGUCAAUGGCUUGAUUUUGAUCACGAUAGCAGUCAACAAUUCCCUUUGACGUCUUUUGAGGAAUAUCCCCUCCUGCGAGGCUGGACUACUGAAAGAUUGAGAGCACUUCGCAACGAUCCCUUCCCGCAAAAUACUGAUUGCGUUUCCAUUCUGGCGAUGUUACAAGGCUGGCUUUUCUUUGGUGUGCUUGAAGGUGCUUUUCAGCAGCACUUUCCAAGCUCUUCUUUCCUCACUUCAUCUCGAGACAUACAGAGAACAGAUGGAAACCCUCAAAGAGCCCUUCACACCCAGUAUUUGCGCACUUUCUAUCAACAAUGGCAUCUCGACUUUCUCGAUCUUCCAGAAGACAAACAGAAGAGUCUCUCAGUCUCUUUCGGGCGCUCGGUGGUUGGUGCGCGCGAUUGGGCAUUAUAUCUCGAAGUCAAGCUGAGACUUAAAAUCCCAGCCUACAACAGCCGUCCCCUGUCUAGUAUUUUCAAUGCGACUAUCCGCAAUGCACUGCUAUUGACGGAGCUACUGGCUAAAGCCGUGCCUCAAGCAUAUCCGGAGAGUGGCUUCGUCAAUUUUCAGAUGGAUAUCGAUCCUGGUGGAGAGAUCAAGGACCGACUACGACAGAGCGGGUGGUGUCCGUCGAACUCGAGAACACUGAUAAAUAGGUACGGACAUUCAGCUGCAAUGUAUGCGACCCUUCUUCGUCCAAUCGAGCAGCCUCAAGUGAGCCAUACUCACUGCAGCAAGAGACAGUGCAUCGCAUACAAUGUCGACGUGUCUACCUACUCGCCUCAGCAUGUGGACCGAGAAUGUUCAUGCGAGCAUGUGCUCCCUCCUCUGAAAGACGUGUGCGACAUUCUGCAAUCUGGGACGUUCCCGGUAUUGGACGGAGAGUCCAUACUAAUGGACGGAGAACGCGGUGAGCUGAGUGUGAGGCGACACCAACCAGACAUGGAAUAUGUGGUGAUCUCUCAUGUUUGGUCAGAUGGGCUCGGAAGCACGACAGAGAAAGGUUUGCCGAGGUGUCAAGUGGUCCAACUCGCACACCUCUGUCACGUAAUUUCCGGCUCAUCCCUCUUCUGGAUUGAUGGGCUGUGCGUCCCUAAAGACCCGAUAAUGCGCAACACCGCAAUUCAGCUCAUGAGUGCAACCUAUGCCAAAGCUCCUACGACGCUCGUUCUUGACUAUGGUCUUCGCCAAUGCAGUAGCUCGAGCACCACCGAAGAGAUAGCCAUUCGCAUCCUGUCAUCUGUCUGGCUUCGCCGUCUUUGGACUCUUAAAGAAGGCACUCUUGCGUCUAACCUUGUCUUCCUCUUGCGGGAUGCCUUCUUGCCAAUGCCUCAUUUGCUCUCACAAAUCUUCGUCUCUGGCUUCGCGGGCCCUAUUUCGGCCGCUCUGAUCGCAGAGUUAUCAGGCUUCAACCGGAACCUUUAUGCUUCAAAACCUGCCCAUAUCAAUCAUAUCCAACGGCUGAUGUGCUACCGGACGACUAGCCGACUCGAUGAUGAGGCUCUGGCUAUUGCUCCACUCUUCCACAUCGAUAUUGGCAUCAUUCUGCGACAUUCAGGCGAAGAAAGAAUGAUAGCGUUCUGGAAAGCCUUGGGGACAGUGCCUGGUGGCUUGAUCUUCUCGGGUGCACCGAGACUGACCACUCGUGGGUUUAGAUGGGCCCCGAGGACGCUCAUGCAUGGGACGGGAUUAAACGAUUUGGGUCGCAAUUAUGGCCGUGUUACGGAAAAUGGCUUCGUUGGUGAGUUUCUGGUCUUGGAGUUUGAAGAAAGACUAGCUUUCGCGAGGAAUAGAUGCCUCCGCCUGGUCGACAUGAAGCGGCAGCGAGGGUUCCACGUAUUUAAGGAUAUGGAACCGCAAUCACCUGAAAGUCACGACCAUGGAUCGGGAGAUCAUGUCUGGGCCGAUAUGAUCGCGGUCCGUGAACAGCCGAACGGCGAGAUACUUCCUGGCGUCGCUAUCAUUCUCAGAAGGGAGGAAGAUAUGGAGAAGUCCGAUCAUGAUGACAGGAAAGUGCCAACAUGCACAUUUGCAGCACGAGCCGUCAUUACUGUGGAUGAGCUGGUUGAUCUGUUCUCGUGGCAAUCGACACCACCAUCCGAUGCCAACGUGGUCAAGAGUGUGGUGAAAACUCUACGCAUCUGUUGA